AUGCGGCUGCUCGACCAGCUGCCCACGCCGCUGCUGCUGUUGCUGGCAUCUGCGCCGGCAGCCCAGAGCUUCUAUCUCCCCGGCAUCACCCCCACCAACUACAAAGAAGGCGACCUCGUGCCCCUCACCGUGAACCACCUCACUCCCGCCCAGUCCGCGCGCGACACCCAAAUCCGCUCCGCCUUCUCCUUCGAAUACUACCACUCCAACUUUCACUUCUGCAAACCCGAGGGCGGCCCCAAAUAUGUCUCCGAGUCCCUGGGCAGCAUACUCUUCGGCGACCGCAUCCAAACUUCGCCCUUCUCCUUACACAUGGGCAAGAAUGAGACGUGCAAGGCCGUCUGCAAUGCCGAAGAGUUUGAGCCGCGCGACGCCAAAUUCGUGAACAGGCGCAUAUGGCAGAACUACAUUGUGAAUUGGCUCGUCGAUGGUCUGCCGGCCGCACAGCCGUAUUUCGAUCCAACAAGUGGCACAGAAUACCUCCAGCCAGGCUUCUUGCUGGGUUCCGUGGAGAAUGAAGAGCCGCGUUUGAACAACCAUUAUGAUAUCUACAUUGACUACCAUGAAGUGAGGAAGAAUCAGUACAGGGUGGUUGGGAUUAUUGUGGAACCUGCGUCAAGGAGAGACUCCAAGAGACGCGGCAACCAGGACUUCAGUGCGGAUUGCGGUGAAGGAGGGCCGCCCAUGGUGCUCUCGGAGAAGGACCGCACCAAGGUUACCUGGACAUACAGCGUCUACUGGAGACCCUCUGCUACAUCUUUUGCCACGAGAUGGGACAAGUACUUGCACGUGUUUGAUCCCAAAAUCCACUGGUUCUCCCUCAUCAACAGCGCCGUCAUUGUCAUGUUCUUGAUCGGCAUGGUCAGCACCAUUCUGAUUCGAACCCUUAGGAAGGACAUUGCCCGCUAUAACCGACUGGAUCAGCUGGGCUUGGACGACCUGAAUGGAAACAGCGCGGAAGAUGGAAUUCAGGAAGACAGUGGUUGGAAGCUCGUCCACGGCGACGUCUUCCGCCCGCCCAAGCACUCCUUGGCGCUCUCUGUCCUUGUUGGCAACGGUGCCCAGCUUUUCAUGAUGGCUGGCUUCACAAUCGUCUUCGCUGUGGUCGGGUUCUUAUCUCCCAGCAAUCGUGGCAGUCUCGCCACUGUCAUGAUCAUGCUCUACACCAUCUUUGGCUUUGUUGGAGGAUACGCAAGCUCACGCGUCUACAAGUCCUUCCAGGGCACCAAGUGGAAACACUUGUUCAUCCUCACGCCCUCGGCUGUACCGGCUUUCGUCUUCAGCGUCUUCUUCCUGCUGAACCUCUUCGUCUGGGCGAGACAAUCCUCUGGAGCCGUACCCUUCACCACAAUGCUUGUCAUUGUCGGGAUCUGGUUCGUCAUCUCAGUCCCCCUCUCCAUUGUGGGCUCCUGGCUUGGAUUCCGCCAGUCGAUACACGAUCCACCAGUACGCACGAACCAAAUCCCCCGUCAAAUUCCCCCAUCAACUGGCUAUCUGCGCCUUGUCCCCAGCAUGCUGCUAGUCGGCGUCUUACCGUUCGGUGCCAUCUUUGUCGAGCUCUACUUCAUCAUGAGCUCGCUCUGGAGUAACCGAAUCUACUACAUGUUCGGCUUCCUCUUCCUCAGCUUCGGCUUGCUCAUCGUCACCUCGGCAGCCGUCACGAUCCUCAUGAUAUACUUUCUGCUUUGCGCCGAGAACUAUCACUGGCAGUGGCGAGCGUUUGCUAGCAGCGGCGCCAGCGCAGGUUACGUCUUUGUUUACAGCUUGCUGUACUGGGCGAGGAUGCUCAGCUUCAGCAGCUUCACCGGUGGGCUAUUGUAUCUGGGGUAUUCGAUCCUGUUGAGCUUUUUGUGGUUCUGUCUGAGUGGUUCGAUAGGAUUCUUCGCAUGCUGGAUCUUUGUACAUCGGAUCUAUGGCUCGCUGAAGAUUGACUGA